AUAUAAAGGCAGGCACCGGUCUUUCUUCUUCUGGAUUGACUAACUGCAAAUCUAUUUGAAGUAUUUGUGUGUGCGUCUAGUUGCUUGUGAGGAGGAGCAAACAUUGGCGACUGAGCUGAGAGUACUUUGUGUAUUCUAUAUUUAACAUGAAAAGCUCUUCAGGUAUUACAAACAGUGACUUGGCCACAUCUGGACUUGGAGGUAUUCAGGUUCUUGCCACUCUAGUUACAACCUGGUUACUAGACAGGGCUGGCCGGCGCAUCCUACUCAUUAUAUCUUCUGCUGGGAUGACUAUAAGCCUUCUUGCGGUUGCCGUCAUAUUUUUUAUCAAGGACACUGUUUCACAAGACUCUCACUUGUAUUACAUAUUGAGCAUGGUCUCCUUGCUUGCUAUUGUGGCUUAUGUUAUCGCCUUCUCCUUCGGUAUGGGCUUCAUUCCAUGGGUCAUAAUGUCUGAGAUCCUCCCGGUUAGCAUCAAGAGUCUGGCGGGAAGCUUCGCGACGCUCGCCAACUGGCUGACUUCCUUUGGGAUAACGAUGACAGCAAACUUGCUGCUCAGCUGGAGUGCUGGAGGUACCUUUGUGUCCUAUAUGCUCGUGAGCGCCUUUACGCUCGUGUUCGUCAUCCUCUGGGUGCCGGAAACCAAGGGAAGAACCCUCGAGGAGAUACAGUGGUCAUUCCGCUGAGCCCCGGAGGCCGGAGUAAUUCUUCCUGAAUGGCAUUGUUCUGCAAGUUGGGCAUUGUUUUUGUUUUGUACAAGUCCAAGACGAUUCUUCCUCGAUGAAGGUCAAGCAUUUUUUCUGUCCAUACAAAGUUGUGUAUAUUCUUGUACAACAUUGGUUCAGACUUUCAGUUGGCUUUGUAAAGGGGGCCUGUGUAGUGACUCUCAUCAGAUUAUACUGCGGUUUUGUGUUUACUGUACCAUGGUCAGCCGAGAUUUUUUUCGAAAUAAAAUGUA